GUUCGUGUGCCUCUACUGACACACAGCAGUGCCGCGAGUUUGCGCGUUACCAUCGCAGCUGCCUGGACUCUCCACAUUUGACUCCAGUUGUUCUGCAUUCCCAGCGCUUAGUGCCCGACUUCUUCUUGAAAUGGGAUCGAAGGGAAAUGAAAUGGUCGAGGCGACAGGUUCUGGCGGCAGCCCCGGCAAAAAGUCUGCAUUUUGGGGCACGAAGUUCCUUAUCGUCGUGACGGGCGCCAGCGGAGGCCUUGGCAGAGGUAUAGCGGUCAGCUUUGCCGAACACGUAGCAAAUGGUUCGCUCCUCGUCAUCACGGGUCGCAACACGGCCGGGCUCGAGGAAACAAAGCGGAUGAUCGUAUCCCUGGGACGCGGCGUCAGCGUGAGCGUCGAGACCUGCGAUCACUCCAGGGCACUUUUCCGGGACUACGAGGACCUUCUGGAACGAGCGUCGGCAAAGCUCCCGGACCCGGACAGGGUCGUGCUCGUGCACAACGCCGCUACUGUUGAAAGCUACUCCGACGGGGUCGUGUCGUUCGACGACGAGAGGAAGAUCGGUGACUACUACCGCCUGAACCUAACGUCCGUCAUGACGCUGACUGCGGCGUUCCUCCGGCACUACAGCUCUGACUCGGGUCCUUCGCGAGUAAUCGUCAACGUCUCCUCCUCCGCGGGGGUCGAGGCGAUACAAGGACUCGGCUUGUACUGCACAGGCAAGGCGGCCCGGGCGAUGUACAUGAGAGUGGUGGCCCUGGAGAACCCGUCGGUGACGGUCCUCCGCUACAAUCCUGGGCCGGUGGACACAGCCAUGUUCGGGCACAUGCAAGGCGGCAGCGAGGACUGCGCCACUCGCUACAAGAAGGCCUUAAAGCAUGGAAAAGUAAUGACCCCCGAGGUGACUGCAAACGCACUCGUCUACAUCCUCGAGCAGCAAAAAUUCAAGUCGGGUGACCUUGUGGAUUUCUCGCCUGCACAUAUAAAUGGAGGAUCAACAUCGGGUUCAUUCUAGCGGUUCGGGAAGGCACGGCCGUAUUUCACUUUCAGGCAAGAAUAAUUGUUGGUUAACUGGGAGUUUUAGUAGCUCGUACCGAUAAUGAUGCGCGAUAACGAUGAAAAUGAUGCCCGAUAACGUUGCGGGCGAAAAGGUGCGAACCACGCAUCGUUAUCGGGUACCGUUAUCGGAGUUAUCGGAACGACUCCUGUCUGUUUGUUCGGACCCAAAUGCAGCAUAUAAUCGAUCGUAUCCAAGAAGUGUCAAGUGUAUAAAAGAAAUAAAACUUCAAUUUCAGAAAA